CUUCACUCGCUUCCUUCCAACGCCCAAAUACGACUCUCCGUUUCAACUUCGCUGAAAUCGUUCAAGGAAAAACCUCUUGUAAAUUUUUCUACAUUCUCCAACAAAAAAAACAAUGUCUGGUCCUGGUGCACGUGGAUGCUUUAACUGCGGUGGAUUCGGCCACCAAGCUGCUUCAUGUCCAAAGGCUGGAACUCCUACAUGCUACAACUGUGGUAUGGAAGGCCAUGUAUCGCGCGACUGCACUAUGGAAGCGAAGGCGAAAUCUUGCUACAAAUGUGGACAAGAAGGUCAUAUCUCUCGUGAAUGCACGAACAGCAGCAGCAAUGACAAUCACCACAGCGGCGGCGGCGGCGGUCGCGGAAACUUCUCAAGCGGCGGUGGUGGCGGCGGCGGCUCUGGAUCCGAGUGCUAUCGUUGUGGAAAAGUUGGACAUAUAGCCCGGUCUUGCCCUGAAGUUGGCGGUGGUGGAGGUGGAGGUGGAGGUGAUCGUGGAUCAGGAGCUUCGUAUGGUGGUGGAGGUGGUGGAGGCGGAUUCCAGAAGACCUGCUACAGCUGCGGAGGCGUAGGCCACAUGUCCCGAGACUGCGUUCAAGGAUCUAAAUGCUACAACUGUAAUGGUUUUGGGCAUAUCAGCAAGGACUGUCCUCAACCCCAGAAGAAAGCUUGCUAUAACUGUGGUCAGGAAGGACACAUCUCCCGGGACUGCCCAGGUGCAGCCGGCGAAGCAGAUGCUUAGAUGUCGUACCUAUCCCCUUAAUCAUAUCUUCGAUCUCUUGUCCCUACACCUCCAUCUAAACACCAUGAUCUCCGAAAUCCUCCCUCAAUAUCGUCUUGACCCUUUGUAUGGUGUAAUAUCCUGCUCCUCCCCCCUCUUCUUGUGACAGUGGUUUAGUAAACAAAACAUGUUAGUGUAACGGUUUUUUUCUGGGGAAGAAAUACUAUUACAUGUACACUAAAUUUUCACCUUUUUUUUUUUACCUUACUCAUAUCUCUUUCUCGCUAUCCAUGAUCAGUCGGCUGCCGAUGUCGAUGAAUGUUGGAGUUGUUUUAUGAUACGUAGGGCAUGGUUUCUGUCUUACCGCUCUUACCGCUCGCAAUACACAUUCCCGAGAAGAGUCACCCUACA